AGUACACAUUUGGCGUUCUACCAGUAACAGCUGGGGAAUACAGACAGUUAAUCUUUUAACUUUUGUAACCGAUGUUGGAGGUAAAAGAUAUUUUUAUUUUGGUGUUCUGACAAUCUAGACUUUAGUGUCUUUGUUAUUUUAUAUGAUUAUCUAUUAUCUGCAUCAAUAAAGAUAAAAAUAUAAAAAAUUCACAUUCAUAUCAGCUUUGAAACUUUGGUAACUAAAGAUCAUUCUAUAUGAGAGCUGUAAAAUAUUAUUAGUCGGCGCACAAUAUUGGCGUGACUUUCGGAGGCCCCUUGUCGUUUCAAUGCACGGUUGCACCUGCAUUUAAAUUGAUAUUUGUUUUGUUUUCCAUUUCACAGCUGUGGCCCUUUAAAAGAUCACAGUUUCCUUGCAUAUUCAAAGAUGGCAUGUUUUACUUUCUGUUUCUAUCUCUUGUUCAUCAAAAGUGUUAACCUCAAUAAAACGUUAGUUUAAUUUUGAAGAUUAAAAUAUGCUGCUGUCAGAGAAUAUACUGAAUAUUCAAACGACGUGUUUGGUAAUAACAACUUAUCACGUAUCGGUUAAUCCUAAGACUUUCUUAAGAGAUUUAAUGACGAUUUUUAGUAAGUUCAGACGGUCAAUUUAUUAUAUUUUAAAAAAAAAUUGCUUAGGAUAUUAACUAAUCAAGGAAUGUUUAUAUUUCUUUUUUUAAUUAAUUACAUCUUAUAGAAAGCAAGACAAUUUUAGAAUAAUUUUUUAAUAUAAUUAUUUCCUUUAAAUUUAGAUUCUGACUUUAAUUAAGCUUUAAAAAAUAAUAAAUAUACAUACUAAAAAGAUAAAAUUAUUUUGCUAACAAAAUAAAUAUAAUAAAAAUACAGAAAAUGAUAACAAUUUAAAACAAAGACAACAAUAAAAAGGGACACGAUACAUGGUAUUGGGGAUAAUCUAUCAGUUGCAUAUUAUGUUACUAAGCGUUGAUUCCUAUCGAUUUUGAUCUACUUCAAAACACAAAAUAUAUUGACUUACCCUAUACUUUCUUGCUCUCUUUCAAAUAGCAUAACGUACGCAAGGUCCAGGAAAUCAAAAGUUUUUUUUUUAUAGGGAUAUUUAGUACAUCAAGUAUUGAUCCGAAGUCUGAUGACUUUUGGUGCACUAUACAUAUAAUCUUACAUAUCUUUAGCACUGUUUCGUUACACCGAAAUGUGACGAUUCGCUCACGUAAUUUUGGAAGCACCAUUUUGCCACUGGCAAAAACGGCCGACAGCAAUUUUGUCGACGUUGAUAAAGAAAUUAUAUUUACAAAUGUUAUACUUUAAAUACACAAGGGACUAUACAUAUAUUUCAGUUUUAGGAAAAAUACAUCCUAAUAAGACGUCAAAGUUUGCUGGGUUAUUAUAUUUUUUUGUGCGGUGUUUUUGUAAGUUCCACAUCAGCGCUUACGUUGAUGUUUAUGUGAAUAAUUUGUAAAAAAAAUUUUGUUGGAACUUUAAAAGGGAUAUCUGACAAAGCCCUCAUUCACAAGCCCCCCCCCCUAUCCCCACAAAAGCCCAGGACACAGUUGAUACAUUCGAAAAACAAGGCAAAUAUCAUGUUUUAAUAAGAGCAUUAACAUCAAGCUUAAGAUUCUUUUAGAAAUCAUUCAUACUAUAAAGUGAUUUUAUUUCACGACAAAAGCUAUGCAUCAAUGUGAAUUGUUAACGACCGCUGGCAAUACCAUUUAAGAGUUGAAUCAAAGAGCCUUUUGGGGCCCCUCUGCGCCAUCUCAACGCCUCUGAAAGGGGUGGUGUCGCCCAUUUUGGGAACCACUUCUUUGAAGGAACGACUUCGCGGAAAUAAUAUUUAUCUUAAAUAAUUUGAUUUAUUUAGUUAUUUCACUGAAAAUAGUUAAUGUACUAAAUAUAUUUUUAACAAUAAAGUAAUACUUUUAAAAUAUGCUUAAGUCUAUUUCCUUCAGGCCCACAAAUGUUUUAAUUAUGUCAUCACCCAUGAGGUCAUUGUUUUCCCAAAUAAUCAUAUUAACCUUUAUAUCCCUAAAUUUUGUAAAAGGUUUUUUUUCUUUUAAACUAAAAAGUCCAUGCUAUACUUAGCAAUGACCGAUAUGUAUAAGCAUGAGAUUGCAUGGUAUUGGCUAAACAGUUAUUAGUUAAAGAAAAGAAAACUGGUUCAAUUUUGCGUUCUACACUUUAAAAGAUUUGAUUCAAGCAAGAUUUAAAAUUAAGUUCAUAAUGAAAGAAAUUAAGAAAUUAAUUAUAUUCACUUAUUUUUUAGAUUUCUUAGAAUUUAUUUUGUUUUUCUUUUUAAAGUAUGCAUACUUUUUAAAUGAUUAUAUUUUCAGUAUUUCUAAAGAUACGCAGAUGUCUUCUUUUGACUUUGACAACGCGUUGGAUAUGUUACUCAUAGGUAGAAGUGGGGGAGGGAAGAGUGCAGCUGGGAAUACGAUUCUUGGAAGGGAAACUUUUGAAAUGUCCCCAGACGUACAGUCCAUGACAGAAAAAGCGGCCUUUGACUUUUGUGAAUUCGAAGGUAACCAUCUGAAAAUUGUUGACUGUCCGGGGCUUGGAGAUACCAGACUUAAUUAUAAAGAGGAUGAGACACAACUCGCUACUGCAUUGCAUGUUGCUAUGGCGUACAAUCCAAAAGGAUAUCAUGCCAUUCUAUAUGUCAUCAAGUUCGAAGACAAAUUUACCAAUGUAGAUGAAAAAACACUGUCAAUCCUGAAAGGGCUACUGGGAGAACACUUUAUAAAAAAUCAUUGCAUUCUUAUUAUGACUCGCGGGGAUUGUUUUGAGACGAAUCCAACGAUCAAAAAAUCAAAGCUCUCUUUUGAUGAAUGGAUACAGAGGCAAACCAAUGAAAAUUUUAGAACGCUUUUAGAAGAAUGUCAGCACAGAGUGGUCCUUUUCGACAAUAGAACAGAAGAUCCAGAGAAGAGAAAAUCCCAAAAACGGAAAUUGGUUCAAUUUGUCCGUGGCUUAGCCUGUAAGGGACAACGUUAUACCAACGAAGAUUUUAUAAAAGUGAAAAAAAUGCGGAAAGAAUUAAUAAAAAGCAAGAACAAUGAACAGGAGCUGCAAGUUAUUGUUGAUCAAGUUGGUAUAUACAGUUCUAAAGUAGCAAAUGCAUCUUGUGAUAAAGAAGGUGCAAGGGCCCUGGAGAUGGUAUCCAAAGAGAUUGAUAACUUGUAUAGUUACGCUAAAAACGCGUCGAUGAACAAUAAGAUGAUAUCAAAACAAAUGGGUUUAGUUCUAGAUCUCCAAGAGGCUUUGCAGAAAAAGCAAAAACAAAUAGGUAACAUACUAGAUUCCAACAACGACGUUCUGAAGGAGAAGAUAGCAAAGUUGGAGUAUGAACUAGCUAAAUCCCAACAAUUCCAGACCCAGAAACUUUCUAGGGAAGACAGCAACAGUAUCAAGGAAAAAGAACAAGAACUGAAGAAAAGGGAAAGUGAAAUUCAGAAACUUGAGAGAGAGAGUAUAAUUUUACGGGAGAAAGAAAUGGCUGACACCAAGAAGAAACUGGAUGAGCUGGAGUCGAGAUAUUUGCAAGCGAAAAAAAGUGAGAGCUCCAAGAGCCUUAUCGAGCCAAUUCUUGACUAUGCAGCAUCUGUUCUUCCAGUAGCCGGCGUAGUGUCUGGGAUAUACAAGUGGUGGACCAAAUAGAAAAUACUUUGGAGAAAGAUGAGCUUUAAAAUAUGAAUUUGAAAUGAACAUGUUCUAAAAAAAUAUUUAAAAAUUUUUUAUGAUCUUUGUUUUUAUGUAAUAAAUGUACAUUUGAGUUAAUUUUUAAAAUUGUUGAAAAUUCUUGUUCAUGUUUCAAACUAGAAAUUAUUAUGAAUUUUUUUCUUUUUUAAAAAAUUUAUUUGGUUAUUUUAUAAUUUUAAAUUUUUUAAACAAAAUUUACAUUACAUCGUGAAGUUUUUAGUCUCUGAAAAUUAAAUGCGACUUUGAAAUAAUUUUUACUACCAUUUUAAUGAUGACUUAUAUAUAUAUAUAUAUUUGUAUAGUGUAAAAAGUUAGAUAAGAUGUGGUUGCUUUUAAAACAUUUAAGCAAUUUUUCUUGUAUAUGCUUAAUGUUUUAUGAUGAUUACAUGUGUACUCAUUUUUUUAAAAAAAGUUUGAAAUAAACUUUUAUAAUAAAAUAUAAGAUAAACAAACGCUAGUGUAUUUACCAAUAUCCUUCUAUGCUUUUGAUUGAUUUAUCUAAUGUUUGUUUAAUGAUUACAGUCAAUUAUAAAUAUUAUAUUCAAACAUAUAUUAUACAUACUUUUUGUAAGUCAAUAAAAACAAAAACAAUUUUGAAAUUUCUGGU